GUCCAGCGAGGAUGGGACGCGUCCCUGGAGCGUGUGGCGCGCGGCUGGAACUUCGUGCGCGGCCCGCUUUCGGCCUUUCAGGCCUCUGUCCUUUCUGCUGGCUGGCAGUGCCCGUCCCUGUCCAAGUUGGUUGAGCCAGACGGGCAGGAGUGGGAGCUUUUCGCCACCACCGUCGCCCCCGUCACCAGCCUCCUCGCGGCUCUGGAGCAGACCGCUGAGAACGCGGUUUGGCGCCAGGCGGCCAAGCAUCUUGACGGGGGUGGGGCGGAGGAGGGCGUCUGGUGGCAGCACGUGCCUGCACUGGCGGAGCGGCUGGAGAAGGAGUCCCAGCACAGUCUUGCCAGCCUUGCUCGCCUAGUUGCAUGCGGUGGCUACUGGACGGAGGAGCGACGUUUCCAGGCUGGCUACCGCACGGACGACCUGUGCCAGCGCUGCCACCGCUCCCGUGAAUCCAGCCGUCAUCGUUUCUGGGAAUGCAUGUGCAAUUCCAUGGAGAGGGACUGGGCGCUCUCGGUCGGUGUGCCUCCCCCUCCUGAGGCUGUGGUCUCCUCCAACCACCUUCGCAGUCAGGCGUUGGAGGAGAUCGACCGCUUCCCUGUUUUCUGGUGCCGCGGGCUUGUGCCCCUCGCCUGGCUGAACCUCCCGCCGUCCCCCGACGAGCGUGGCCAUCGUUGGCUGCGCUGCGGCGUCGGGGCGCUGCCAGGGGGGAUCUACGCUACCGACGGUGCAGGUGGAGCCUGGUCGUCUCAGCCCUUGCUACGCCGUGUGGCGUGGAGCUUCGCUCGCCUUGACGACGGCCAAGGUUUGGACUGGGACUCUGGCUGCACGGGCUUGGUGGACGGUCCUGUGCAAACUGUGCCUCGCGCUGAGCUCCUGGCCAUUGUGGAGUGCGUCAGGGCCGUCCACCCUGCUGCCGAUUUCAAGCUUUAUUCCGACCACGUGAAUCACGUGAAUGCGAUAGCGCGCGGACGCCGCCACUGCUACAAGCUCGAGCACGCGGACCUCUGGCACGAUCUCUUCUCGCUGCUUGACGCCCGCGAGGGCCGCUUCUCGCUCCUGCACGUGCCCUCGCAUCUUGCCGAGGACCCAGCUAAGUUUGCUCGUCUCGGCCACUCUGUGCUGCCCGAGGCUAUUUUUCUCAAUGCGGUGGCCGAUGGGCUCGCCGAGGAGCGGGCUGAGGAGGUUCAGCUCGAUCCUGACGUUGCCCGCCGCGCUUUGGACCUGGUGGAGCAGGCCGAGGCCAUCCUGCUCCGCAAUGCCACUCUCUGUGCUGCCGCCGCCUCCGCCCCCAAGAGCCCUGGCCGUGAG